UCUUUUUUCUUUUUUUUUUUGCUAAUGGAGUACGGUAUUCAAUCUGUUCCUAGAUGAUUUGUACGGUUCGAUACUCUGAUGGUUUGCUUUUUAGAUUGGUUUACUGUAACUGAUCUUCUCCGGUUGUUCCUUUCCAACUUAUGUGCUACUCAUGAGGCUAACCGACCUGAUUGCAACAUCUCCCUUAAUCUCCUAUACAUCAGGGGUUUUUCUCUUGUGUGUAUUUUUUCUCCUGUGUGUAUUUUUUCUCUUGUAUGUACUGCAUCAGAGAACUCUAGUCUAGUAAAAAAUAAGUUCUAUCUUUCGACGUUAUUGGGGGCAAUUUAAUUGGUUCAUCCAUGCAUUCCAUGCGAGUUUUUUUUUCUUACAAGUCACUGUUUGGUCAUCCUGUUUGACUCCCUUGUUCCACCUUUCUCGCUCUUUAUCCAGUUAUUUUUUCUUGCUUUCUCCUAUUCUUUCAUCGUGGGUUAUUAAGUAUUAACUUAACUGAACUCUACCUUCACUUUCAGAACUUGCUUUCAAGCAUUGUAUGUGAUAACCAACUCAAUAACUCUGUACUCUAAUGUAUGAAUUGUUUGCCAUGAACUGACAUACAUGAUUCUAUCCAUGUAACUACUAACCAAUCACAAUUUAUUUAUUUCUAAUUAUUUCUCCUGUGCAUAUGUUCAAGGUCUGAAUGAGGCAGGAGCUAGUCAAACGCUCCUUUAGAGAGGAUGCUUCAAUGGCAGGUGCCAUCUUCAUGUCCAACACCGCCACAAGGGAGCUGUGCUUCCGUUCCAACAUCUUUGGACUUCCCAUAGAGUACCAACCUUUUGUGCGGAAUAUCAGACAAGGAAUGCCUUUGUUUCUGUUUGAUCAUACUGAACGCAAACUCUAUGGGGUCUUUGAGGCUACCUCUGAUGGUGGAUUCAAUAUUAUCAGAUCUGCCUUUUCGUCGAUUGGAUGCUCAUAUCCUGCACAGGUCUGCUUCAAAAUUAUUUGGAAGUGCAGACCACUCACCGAAGAUGAGUUUUCACCUGCCAUAAAAGAGAACUACUAUAUGCCAUGGAAGUUCUACUUUGACCUUUCCUACCAACAGGUUGUCUGCUUAUAUCAGUUAUUUGAUGAGAAGAGGGUUGAACAUCCUAUUCACAACCAUUCAAAGAGUGCUAAUUUGGAAAAUGAUCCCUUUAGGAAAGGGACACAAGAAAGAAAGAGCUUGAGUCCAAAUAUUCCUCAUUUUCCUGCUGAUCAGCCAGGUCUUUUUAUGCCUGCGAGUACCCCCAGAUUUUCAACAGUUGAAGCAAGCUACUGUGCAUCCACAAGCAUGCACCAAGCACCACAUCCCAAUAUGUCAAUGCCCCUGGGAACUAAUCCUUUUGGAGUUCAAAUUGCACCUGUCCACAACAGCCAUCACGACCAAGCAGAACUACCUUACAACAAUAACAUGCUUUUUCCUGGAUACUUGCCUUCUGGACAUGUAGCUCGGGACACAACUCAGGAACUUGGGCUUUCUGCAAAUCACUCAUAUCCUCCAUCUAUGGGCUAUGCAUACGGUUGCUUGCCGCCUCCUGGACAUAGACCUCAGGAUGCAAUUGCAGGAGAUGUAAACUAUGCCCCUCCAUAUCCUCAAUUUCCUCUGCCAAAUGAACAAGGCAGUGCUACUAACAGGAGAGAUUAUUAUGAUGUCCACUGCAAACAAUGCCAGUUUGAAGAUAUUUAUGAAUCGGAGCAUCAGCACUUCAGCAAAGCAAAAGUCUUAGCACCUCCAAUAUUAAACCAACAAGAUGUUCCAGUAUACCCUGCAAUUGCUGAAUCAGCAUUUGAUCAGCGGAAAGAAUGUUUCACUGAAGAAGACUCUGAGAAUGCUCGACAGAAACAAAGUUUUAAUCACACUGAUAUGGUGUUUUCUGGUCUUGGAAAUAGCAAUAGAGCCUACAUGCCAGACCAUCUAAACAAAAAUCCUGAUAUAAGAUCUGAAAGCAACACAAUAGCUGUUGGUCAGCAUGCACAAAGCAGUGUGUUUUCUCGCUUAUCACGGAUCCCACCACCACUGCAUCAAGAAAUUCCUGGUCCUUCGCUCAACAAGUUGGUUCUCUCACUUUCUCAGAGAGCAGAACAUUGGGGUAACCAGGAUAAAAUAAUCACCAAUGAUGUUUGUGAACAGUUGGUCAGUGAGCAAGUAAUGGAUACACCCUAUCCUCUUGCUGAGUUGAACCAGCAAAGCGGCUUAAUUGAAGAAGAAAUUGAAGGGCUUGCAUUCAUGAACUUUAAGAGACGCAGCGAAACAAGGAACUUGGAUGCAAAUCUAGGAAAGGAAAUUAGGGGGCAAGUGAAGAGAAGAAAGCUUGUUCGCCCUUCCUUUGGAGAAGUUAACAAUGCUGGUAGUUCUGGAAAAGAGCUUGAAGCUAAAGUCUUAGAGGGAGAAAAACAUAGCAAUGAUGAACAUGAUGAAAACAAGUUCAGUAUUGACCUAAAUAAACCUGCUGCCAUAGAUGGUGAUGUAGCAAAGGAGGAUGAUACCACCACCGCAUUGCCACAUCCUUCUGUUGCGAUCAAGAUGCAUAAAGAGAAACCAUCUGAAGAAAACAUGAGCAAGCCAAACAGCCCAAAUACGACGGAAGAGAUGAAAAAACAAGAUCCAUCCCUUGACAGCGCCACGCAUACUGAAAAGAUUUCACUUGAAUUAGAUGUUGCGGAUUUGAAUACAAUUGACCAGUCCAAACUGCAAGCAAUUCUCAGCUCAUCUCUGUUGCAAGCACUUGACAAGCUCAGAAGAGAGAAGCUCAACAACUCUGAAGAGGCUGAAGAGGUAAAGAUAGCAACUUGACUGUUUCCAUGAACUCUGAAGGAGAUGCAAAGCCUACAUGCAGUUGAUUUUAGUACGUAGUACCAACCAAUACUACUUCAGCAGUACUGGAGCAGAAUGACUACAAGGCAUGGUUAAGCACCAAGUAUCAUGUGAUGUAGUAUAGGAACAAUAGCUACCUUUUCUCAUGUAGUAGUACCAUUGCUAUUUUGUGUUAUCCUAUAAAACUAACUAAUAUUCUCGGGGAAGUACGGCUCUCUCACGCUGCUCUGCCACGUAGAUCUGUGUGAUCUGUCAUGUGGAAUUGUAAAGCUUCUGCGUGCAAAGAAAUGGAUUGAGUUUCUCUAUA